AUGAAUAAUAGUGGUUUAAUUGAGAUUGGCAAAGUUAAAUCUAACAAUUUCUUCAAUUUUAUAGAAGAAUUGACUAGUUCAAUUGAAGUCGAAAUUUUAAAAGCUCAAGGAAUCAAUAAUGCUCUUUCUUUGUUACGAGCUCAAGAUUUGUACUCUUUUUUUAAAGUGGAUUGCAAAAAAAUAGAAGAUUUAAGAAACCGUGCAUGUUUACAAUUAACAAAUGGUGCAUAUAUGAUACGUCCAGCUAUUAAAGAUAAUCUUGAUUAUUGCAUAGCUGUCUUAAAAAGUAAAUUAAAUGAACAAUUACUAUAUAAAUCAGACAACCAUAAUCAAGAUUUAAAUGUUACAAACAAGGAACUUACUUAUUUUACCAACACUUUCAUUAGUAAUCUUACUGAUAAUAUGAAUCGUUCGAAGUAUCGUUUCCAAUACAAUCCUAAUAUACGACGAUUUGCAUCAGCUGUAUAUAAAUUAGGUGGUCGAAAUGUUUACCAACUUUUGCAACUAAAUUUACCCGGUGCUUUUCCAUCUAUACCAACACUUGAAUCUUAUAAUAAUGAAUUCUGUACACGUAUUGAAGAAGGUGAAUUUCGUUUUAACGAAUUAAUCAAUCAUACUAAUAAAAUUAAUUGUUCUUAUGUAUAUGCUUCUGAAGAUUGUAGUGGUAUUAUUACCAAAAUUUGUUAUGAUGCUGAUACUAAUUCAUUUAUUGGAUUUUGUCCAGAAUUAAACUAUGGUAUUCCAUCAAUUCGUCAAUAUCAAACAGAUGAUUUCCUUGAACUAGAAACCUGGUUUGAUACUGUGAAAAAGUCAACAUCAGUCAAUAUUCAUACAGUACAACCAAUAACACGUGAAAGUUCACCACCAUUUUUAUUAUCAAGUUUUGGCGCUGAUAAUCAGUUUACUUCGAUUUCAGUGCUUUGUCGUUGGUUGUAUAUUUACGAACAAUGUUAUUCAAAAAGUCUUGGAGUUGUUGGAUUCUCAAGUGAUACUGAUCCUAGGUUUAUGAAAGCUAUGAGAUUAGCAACAGGAUAUUUCUCACAAUUACCAAAUGUUAACCUAUUGAAUCGAAAUGAUGUUUUUGAAAUAGAAAUUCCAAAUUCAUGGACAUGGUAUUAUAUGCGUUCAAAACAAUUAUUUUUUUAUUGCCAAGAUGGCAUUCAUCUUGCAACAAAACUGCGUAAUCGGUUACUUUCAAAAACUGCUUCAUUAGAAAUGGGCACUUAUCAUGUAUCAGUCAAGGAUCUUCAAAAUAUUAUAGAUAAUUAUUCAAACAUUUUGGAUAUGUUAAAUGAAAAUAAAAAUUCAUAUGCAACACAUUGUUAUUUAACUAUUUUACGUUAUGUAACUCUAUCUUAUAUUGAUAAAACAACAAAUAUAUUAACAAGAUUAUUUUAUGCAUGGUCAACCGUUUUUAUUAGUAGAUUUUGGUUAACAUGGUUAAAAUAUAAACUAAUGAUUAACACAAAACAAAAAUAUGGAUUAAACUUAAUACCAACUUUGAAGAAAAUUGAACAUCAUUUUAUGACAUUUCCUGCAUUUUAUUCCAUUGAAAUAAAUGCUCAUAUGUUAACAUAUAUUUUGUUAUUAGUAUUAAAUAAAAAGCUACCUAUUGAAUCAUUAAAUAUAUUUCUAUUUAGCUCACAACCAUGUGAGAAUAUGUUCCGAAGCGUCCGAUCAUUAACAGGACCAUUUUCAACCAUGACCAAUUUUACUAUUCAACAAUUCUGGCGAAAACCAGAAAAAUAUCCAUAUUGA